AUGGCUUCCCACCAAUUUACAGUGGCCUCGCCGCCUACAGAUGCUAUCUCCGCCCUGAAGUUCUCCCCAGACCCCAACUCUACCCGAAUCGUCGUUUCGUCAUGGGACAAAAGCGUCUACUUGUACGACCUGCGCGACGAGAAUGGUGCUGUUGGAGAAGGAAAACUACUACAGAAGUUCGAGCAUCGGGCACCCGUCUUGGAUGUCUGCUUCGGGGAGAACGAAAACGAGAUCUACACAGUUGGGUUGGACUGGGACGUGAGGAAGAUUGACCUCAAUACCACUGUGCAAACCGUGCUCAGCAGCCACGAACAAGCCGCGUGCAAUGUCAUCUACAGCCGCGAGCACAACCUCAUCAUCUCCGCUUCAUGGGACUCGACACUCCACGUCCACCUCGGCGGAGACGUGGAUUCCUUGCCAAUUGUCGUUCCCCUCCCGUCGAAGCCAUUCUCGAUCUCAGCUACCGCCACCAAGCUAGUCGUCGCCAUGGCGUCGCGCUCACUGCACAUCUACGACCUCAAGGCACUGGCUCUACUAACCGCACAAUCAGACAGCACCGACCCCGGUGGCAAUCGUGUGGAAGUUGAGCCUUGGCAGCGUCGUGAAAGCAGUUUGAAGUUUAUGACCCGGGCCGUUGCAUGUAUGCCAGACGACAAUGGGUACGCCUCAUCCAGUAUCGAAGGCAGAGUCGCGGUUGAAUGGUUCGAUCCGUCGCCCGAAUCGCAGGCCCGCAAGUACGCUUUCAAGUGCCAUCGCCAGACUGGCGAAGAUGGCGUCGAUGUAGUCUACCCAGUCAAUGCGUUGGCCUUCCACCCUGUGUUCGGUACAUUUGCUUCCGGUGGUGGUGACGGCGUUGUUGCUCUCUGGGAUGGAAUCUCAAAGCGCCGUAUCCGCCAAUACCAGAGAUAUCAGACCAGCGUGUCAGCUGUUGCGUUCAGCGGUAGCGGCCAGUACCUGGCCAUUGCAGUCAGCCCCGGAUUCGAAGAUGGGCACGACGACGUGCCUGAGGGCUCGGUGAAGAUUUAUGUGCGGGAAUUGGGCGAGACAGAGGCCAAGGGCAAGGGUGCCAAAUAA